AUGAGCAGCUUGAUACCCAAGAGACCAAAACUUCUUGACACUAGAGCCAAAAAAAAGGACUUUGACUUGUCAUUAGAACAAGAAAAAACUCCUAUUGUAGAAGCAGAAACAGCAAACACACCAUAUUUACCAAAUAGUAAACCAAGUAAAAGCAACAACCAAGGUGAUAAAAACUGGGCCAGUAACAUAGAACAAGAAGAAAAACCGGUUGGUAAAGGCAAACAAAAAGCUACUUCUUUUACAAGUGAAAACAACAAGAAAUCCUUAAUGGAAACAAACAAACUUAACCAAAAAAUGCAAAUAGAAAAUAUAUCCUACAAUCCAAAAAACCCAUAUAUCUCAGAUAUGGUCACAGAACAAGAUGGACCAAACACUAAUGUACCAAAUUCUAAUCAUCUAAAAGAAAAUGACUCAAUCAAUACUAUAGAUGAUCAGAACUUAACUCUUAAGGAAAACACAACUAGUAUCUCUAUUUCAAAACAUGGUUCACCUUCAAUAGAAGCUAAUUACAAGAACACAAAUAAUGAAACACUUGCUACAAACUAUGACCAAAAUAUAACAAUGGAACCAUUGGACUGUAACAAAGAAAACAAAACUGAAGAGAAAAAAUUUACUUUGGUCACUUCAAAAAAGAACAACUGA